GAAAAGAUUCUGCUCCCUCGCGCCCUGGCUAUUGCUCUUUCCUUGUUUUGUUCGCGUGCUCGCCUGCUUCCUUAGCAUCGAAGCCUUCAGUUCAGCGCCAUGUGCUCGCUUCCUGUGCCUUUGGAUCGACCUAUGGCGGCCUGUAUACAGCCUUCCUCGCUGAUCGCCGCCGCCCAUCCCCUCUCCGCUCCCCUUGCGCUUCCUGCCGCGCAAUCCGCCCAAAUCUCCGCCUUCCGCACCACCUUCCCCCACAUUGUCUCCCCAAGUGCUCUGCCCGCCCUUUCCCCGAGCGCCCAAGCCCGCGCGCCCUUCCGCGGGGGCUACCGCCACCGCAUCGGCGCAGUGCCAGCGCGAGCAACCGCGGUUCGCGCGGUGGAGAACGCGGAGCAGCCAGCAGCGGGCGGCGGCGACCCCGCAUUGGCGGCAGCAGCAUGGGAGGCGCUAAAAUCAGUGCGGGAAACUCGGCCCCUGGUCCACUGCAUCACUAACUUCGUCUCUAUGGAUGCCGCCGCCAACACCCUCCUAGCCGCUGGCGCCGCUCCCGCCAUGGUCCAUUCCCUAGAGGAGGUGGAGGAGUUUGCCAGCCUGGCAUCCGCUCUGUACGUCAACAUCGGCACACUGAGCCCUGAUUGGGUGGACUCCAUGAAACGGGCAGCCAAAGUUGUUUCUGCCCGGAAUCGGCCGUGGGUGCUAGACCCUGUGGGUUGUGGCGCCACGUCGUACCGAACUAAGACGUCUACAGAGCUCCUAUCCCUGCGCCCUACGGUGGUGAGAGGCAAUGCAUCGGAAGUGCUGGCUCUGGCAGGUGCUGUCAGCGCUACCACGCGGGGAGUUGACAGCACAGUGGCGUCGACAGCAGCAGUGGCGGCAGCGCAGCGGCUAGCAGCAGCAUCAGGGGCCGUGGUAGCAGUGUCGGGAGCAACAGACUUCAUCACAGAUGGCUCGACCGUGCUCGCAUGUGGCAAUGGGAUGCCUCUGCUGCAAGCUAUCACUGCCACCGGCUGCAGCGUCACUGCACUCAUUGCAGCCUUCGUUGCUGCUGCUGCUGCGGAUGCUGCUGCUACCGAUGCUGCUUCUGAAUCCUCGUCCUCGUUAUUGUCUUCCUCGGGUGUUUCUGUAUCGUCGCCUCUUCUCGCCACUGCCUGCGCUCUCGCCAUAUACGGGUUGGCAGCUGAGGUGGCAUCAGUGGCAGCUGGCGUCCAGGGGCCUGGUUCCCUGAGAGUAGGACUCAUGGAUGCUUUGUACUCAUUACAAGAGGAGCAGAUCCUUCAAGGAGUAAGGCUAAACAUCAUUUCCAGUUAAUCUAUGAAACAUAAGUACACCCAUAUCUA